AUGCAGAAAUCUGGUAUACCUCUAAAAGGCCUCUAUGUUGCCUUGUUUAUAACCACGACCAACCUCGGUUGUUCGAACGUCAACCCGGGGGACAACGCCAACGAAUUCAACUUGCUCUGCAGAUUAGUGGCCCUAGCAGAGAACACCCCGCCACAUGCAACAGCAGAAACCGCAAACGACGCUGACCUUGAAGACAUAAUGAGGCUAAAUAUGUCACUGUCGGCGCCUGAGUGGCUGCAGAUGUUUGUGAAAAACGCUGCGGACAACGAUGUCCACAAAACACAACCCGAAACGGUAAAUAAGGAAAACAAGUGGGAGCCGUACUGGAAGCACUGGCACAAAGCAGCACAGGAUAUAUUAAAGAAGGAGAACCUGAAAAUAAUCGACGAUAUGAAGCUCUCAACGCUAACACCGGCGCAAAAGCAGGCCGUAACAACAGAAGUGCGCCAACUCACAGAGAAAGCGUACCAAAUCAAAACUCGAAGGGAAGAACUGGCAGCUGAACUAAGCAAAGUCAAAACUAGCCCAGGGAAGACGCUAAAAAUAAUAGUUUAUGGCAACAAAGACAAGAAAGCGGCCACUGUCGACCAGAAUGAUGCUUUCCAGGGCGGCGGUACAAGCUACAGUGCCGCCUGCACAGGCAAUUCGGCAUCGAUCAAAGUAAAAUCAGUAGCCGGCCUCAUAGCGUGCCUAUGCGCAAAGGCAGACAGCAACCAAGAAGACCGAGCUUGCGGCACAACAGUGAAAAUAGCAACAGCACAAUGGACAGUUGCAAGCCCGCCGGCCUCCACCGACGUAACAGAACCACUAACAUUCUGUAACAAGGCGACGCCGAAGAAAUUGACGGCAAACUACAUCAAGGCAAUACUCGAGGACCUAGAAUCUGCAAUUAAAGUCAAGGCCGCCGCAGGGGUACUAGGAGCCUCAGAAACAGGAAACAGCUGCGGCGGCAAAAACAACGACGGCUUGUGUGUCAAAGUCGAUGACUGGGCAGCCAACGGUGUAGUUAAACUGGGAAAGAUAACUUGGUUAAAGCAACUGGAAACGCUAGCGGAAGAAUUAGAAGAGCAGGAACAGGCAGUGGCGGAAGCAGCGGAACUUGACAAACGGAUAAAGAAUAUAAAGCAAAAAACGCUGAAAGUUGGGGCCAACUCGUGGCACAUAAAAGAGGAAGAUACAGCAAAACAAAAGGACAACGCGGACCAAAGACAAGCCAACUCCGCUGGGACCAGAAGAGAUCAAGCCAAAGCCGAAAAAGAAUGCAAUGCAGCAGGAGACGACAAAAAUGCAUGUGAUAAGUUAAAGGGCCAGGGGUGCACAUUUAAAGAGGAUGGAAAGAAGGACAAAAAGUGCACCUUGAGUGAGAAUGCCAAACAAGAAGUAACAAAAGAAGCAAACCAAGAAACAGGAGGGAAUGAUGGAGAAAAAGAGGAGAAAUGUGCAGGGAAAGAGCAAAAAGACUGA